CGUUUCUGUAUCCAACGGCGUUCAUUUCUUGGGGGGAAAUCAAGUAUGCCACACCUAACUGCUCGGUCCAUAUCGGUCCCUUCGACCGUACCUUUUUUGGAGCAUCUAUACAUAUGAUGGGAUUAUCUGGCUUCAACUCCCUGCUCGAUGUUUUCCUCUUUUCUUAGCCCGGCGUCUCUUGGGCGAUGGCUGCAUCAUACCCUUGUAUGCUUCUGCGGAUGGCAUGCGGCAGAGGGGUUGGUAGGACUCUGGCUCAUCUUGGUGUACAUAGCGCAGACAGAUCUAUACGCUGAAUGUAGCUGUACAUACUCUGAUGCUGUCAUCUUGGAUGGCUCUAGCGUGUCUACGGUGCCGUUAGAUACCUGGGUUCCUGUUUGUGUGUAUGGAUAUGGGUAUGGAUGGGCGCUCCUGCCAUGUUCGUUCACAGCGCCAAGCCCUGGAGGAGAAACAAUCUCAUGCUUCCUCUUUCCCUCUCUCUCAUACAACUGCUUUCGUCUCUCCUACGUGGGUACUUCCUCCGGGUCCUUGGCCACUUUGACAGAAAUCAUUCCAAGUCUCCAAUCGUUCAAUCCUCCAUUCAGGAUGCUUGUGCAUACCUUCAUCCCAUGAGAGAGAAGAGAGAAGAGAGAGCUACUCUCUGUUGCUGCAUGAAAUAUUAUCCACCUGAGU